AUGAUAUGGCUUCAAGCCAUAAAUGGUACAAACAACAACUUCCCUGCAUAUUCCUCUCAGUUAAAGCAGCUUCUUUCUGGUAUCCCUCUUACAAUGUUUCCCUUUGUUUUGGUACUUCAGUAUGUGUUCCUUCAGAGGAGUUGUGCGUCUUACCUAUUACCAGCUGCUGCAAUAGGAGUUAUGGGUUAUUGCUACGUGCGGUGGAAGGGAUGGUCAUUUUCUGAUGUAAUGUUUGUGACAAAGCGUAAUAUGGCCAAUGGUGUUGCAACCGUGACCAAGCAAUUGGAGAAUGUAAAUGAAACAUUAGCUUCAACUAGAAGGCAUCUAACAAAGAAACUAGAAGUUUUGGACCUGAAAGUUGAGGAGCAAAAUGAGUUAACGCAGCUUAUUGCAAAUGAUGUGAAUGAAGUGAAGUCAAACCUUUCACAAAUUGGGGGUGAUUUUGAACUCAUCCGUCAAAUGAUUUCCGGCCUGGAAGGAAAGCUCAAGCUUGUUGAAAGCAAACAGGACAUAACUAACUCAGGUCUCUGGUAUCUGUGCCAAUUAGCUGAUGGGUUUAAAGAGUAGCCAAGCAGUAGAAUAUUCAA